AGACAUGUAUUGUUGCAAGUCGCUCUUGGACCCCACGUGUAUAUCCUCCAAAUACCAUGCAAUACCACCAGGCAAACAACGUCGAUGAUGAAUCCGCUACCAUUGGACCAAGGCCAAGUGGGGGCGCCGAAAAUCCGAGCUACUGAUUCCGACUGAGCCGGCCAACGCUUAUUAUUAUUAUUAUCAGCCACGGAAGCAGCAUGCGAUACGACAUCAGGCACCAGCCGAUUCCAGGAUAUUCGGUUCAAAAAGCAAUAAUGUCUCCGCAGGCCCAAGGAAAUGAGCUGAUUCCAGACCUGCCUUCCUGCGCUCCAUCUUGUAUAUCGGAGUACAACAGCUUCCUCUAAAUACUGUUCAACCUUGCUGAUUGCUCAGUCAUCCUUCGGAUUCUGGAUAUUCUUUAGCUAUCUCCCGACGAGAUUUUUUUUUUUUUUUUUUUUAAGUGAAAAGAAAAAAGAAAAAAGAAAAAAAUGCGGAGCGCAUGGCUAUGGUCUUUCUUUGUCUAUCUUGCGCUUUCCAAGGCUCAUAUGUUGACGCUACACCGGAGAGAUGUUCCCUCCGUUGUGCCGCUAGACAUUCAACGAAAGGAUAUUCUUGAUCCUGUCCAUCGGGAUCGAAUGCGGCGGAGACGAGACCAAACUGUUGGUCAGAAGCUUGAUAAUGAGGAAACGCUUUAUUUUUGUAAUAUCACUCUUGGUACACCAGAACAGAGCUUGCGUUUGGUUCUUGAUACCGGAAGCAGCGAUCUUUGGUGCAAUGCAGCGAACUCCACUCUUUGCUCCUCUCUAGGUAGUCCUUGCCGCACAUCAGGUUCUUAUGAUGGUGAUUCUUCAUCCACCUAUUCCUAUGUUUCUUCCAACUUCAACAUAUCAUAUGCGGAUGGUUCAGGAGCGGUCGGUGACUAUGUAACCGACACUAUCCGCAUCGGAGGUAUCACUUUAAAGGAUUUCCAGUUCGGCGUUGGAUACUCGUCUAGCUCUUCUGGUAGGUUUAUAUACCAAUCAUUCCCUCCUACCAAAGAAAAAGACAAAGACAAAAAAAAAACGGUAUGGCUAAUCGAGCGUGAUUGUUGUGCAGAAGGUGUUCUGGGCAUAGGAUAUGCGUUGAAUGAAGUACAAGUCGGUCGGUUUGGCCAGAGCGCUUAUCCUAAUCUUCCUCGGGCGAUGGUUGAGAAUGGCCUGAUCAGUUCGAAUGCCUACAGCCUUUGGUUGAACGACCUGGAAGCAAACACAGGCUCGAUCUUAUUCGGCGGCGUUAACAAGGCAAAAUAUAUUGGCGAUUUGAAGACUCUUCCGGUUCAAACAGUCGACGGUGGCUAUUCGGAAUUUAUCAUUGCACUCACAGGAGUAGCCUUUGCAUCCGAGUCCGACAGCCACAGUUAUUCGUCAAAUUCACUACCGGCAGCGGUGCUACUCGACUCCGGAAGUUCACUGACGUACCUGCCGGACUCGCUUGUCGAAGACAUAUACAGUGACUUAAACGUUGUUUACGAAGCAUCAAGCGGGGUCGGCUACGUACCGUGCAGUCUAGCAGACGAGAGUAUCAAUAUCACAUACACAUUUUCUGAUCCUAGUAUCACGGUUGGCAUGGGCGAACUGACCCUCGAUUCGGGUCCUCUUUAUUUCCAUGACGGUACACGAGCAUGUGUGUUCGGUAUUGUUCCUGCUGGAGAUAGUACCGCUGUUCUAGGCGACACCUUUCUGCGCAGUGCAUACGUCGUCUAUGAUUUGGCGAACAACGAGAUUUCCCUCGCCAACACAAACUUUGACCCCGCCGAUGACGAUAUACUUGAAAUCGGGACAGGUGAUAAUUCUGUUCCCGGUGCUACAAGAGUUGCAAAUCCCGUUACAACCGUUGCCGUGGAUAAUGGUUCUGGGGCCCGAAUUGGGGGCCCAACCGGCAGUGUUUCUACGGAGUUACCAACAGCAACCAGUGCUGCCACUGCGUUGGGUGUAUGUUGUUGGCAUUCUAGGUUUUUAUAUAUAUAUGCCCAGGGACUGGAAACUUGUGUACAAUGAUACUGUAAAUACUCCGUGAUAUUAUGCAAUUUACUCUGUAUUUUGAGUGAGCUAGUU